CAAGCCUAGUCAACCAAGCCCGGCCACGGGCCUGGUCCCGCUCCAGCGUCAUACAACGCCAAGUCCUCGGCUGACCCGGCUCCAAGACCCAGUCGCGUCUCUCCCUGUAGGAAACUAGCACUUCUCCGCUUGCUGCUGGAAGCUGCCAUCGCCCUCACCAUUUUCCCAGCUCCCGAGACCCCGCCCCUAACGCUGUACGUGGCUCAGAAACCGGAAGCAGCAGCACGCUUCUGCGCGUGCGCGAGCGGACGGCCUUGUCUUCUUGCAUCUCUGUCUAAACCUGAUGCAAAUUUUCGCCCGAGUUCUGCCCAGCCGGCCCCAAGUCUGGUGCUCGGGAGGUGGAGAACUCGCCCUUGGGAUCAGUGGUCAAAAGACUGCCGACUGGGUUUCCCGCCGGGAGCUGCUCCCUGCCGCUCCCGGGGUCUCUAGCAGCCGCGGCUUGUCCCAAACUCACUGAAUCAGGAACUCUGUGAGGGUCCAGCAGUUGGGGUGAAUCGGCUGCAGGAAAGAGUUGAAGAGCCAUUCUCGUACUUAAUCGGCCUCCAAAAGCAUCCUCUGCUCUUUCCGGAAAGGAAAAGCAUCCCUGCCAUUCGGUCACGGGGACGUGAGCCUCAGCCUCGUCUCUGAGCGGGUCUGUGGAUUUCGGUUUGUUUGGGAACAUGGAGGAAGAGAGAACAGCUGCUGAGUUACAGAAAAAUGUGAUACAAGACACAGUGGUCUUCGAGGAUGUGGCUGUGGACUUUACCCAAGAGGAGUGGGCUCUGCUGAAUCUCGCUCAGAGAAACCUCUACAGAGAUGUGAUGCUGGAAAACUUCCAGAACCUGGCCUCAUUAGGUUUCAAGAUUCAACUUAAAGGUAAUGAAUCAGUCGUUCCACAAGAUACUUGUGGAGAAAAAAUAUCCAAUGAACAGGAUGUAGUAGGAUUCAAAAGGAGUGAUUCCUCAUUGUCCAUUUUACAUAAAAUCUGGGAAUACCAUGAUAUUGAUUACCAGAACAAAAACCACGAGAGACAUUUGAGAAGUCAUGGGGUUGAGAACAUCUACAAACAUAAUGAAGAAAAUCAGUGUGGACAAACCUUCAGCCAAAUUUCACACCUUAAUGUACUCAAGAGAACUACUGAAGUAAGAGCCUAUGAGUGCCAUGCGUGUAAAAAGGCCUUCAUAGAUCAUUUAUCCCUGAAGAAUCACAUUAGGUCUCACACUGGUAGCAAACCCUAUCAGUGUAAGGAAUGUGGGAAAGCUUUCCAUUUUUUUGCUUGUUUUAAGAAGCAUAUGAAAACUCCCACUGAAGAGAAACCCUAUGAAUGUAAGGAAUGUACCAAAGCCUUCAGUUGUUCUUCCUUCUUUCGGGCACAUAUGAAGAUUCACACAGGAAAGACAAGUUGUGAAUGCAGGGAAUGUGGGAAAACCUUUAGCUGUUCUUCAUCCCUCACAGAACACAAAAGAAUUCACAGUGGAGAUAAGCCUUAUGAAUGUAAGGAGUGUGGGAAAGCCUUUAGCUGUUCCUCCUCCCUCUCCAAACACAAAAGAAUUCACAGUGGAGAUAAGCCAUAUGAGUGUAAGGAAUGUGGGAAGGCCUUCAGUUCCUCCUCUCACCUUAUCAUACAUAUAAGAAUCCAUACUGGAGAAAAGCCUUAUGAAUGUAAAGAGUGUGGGAAAGCCUUCAGUGAGUCCUCAAAGCUCACUGUACACGUUAGAACACAUACAGGCGAGAAACCCUAUAAAUGUAAGGAAUGUGGGAAAGCCUACAACUGUCCAUCCUCCUUGAGCAUCCAUAUGAGAAAACAUACAGGGGAAAAACCCUAUGAAUGCCUCGAAUGUGGGAAAGCCUUCUAUCUUCCCACUUCCCUGAAUACACAUGUGAAAAAUCAGAGUAGAGAGAAACCCUAUGAAUGUAAAGAAUGUGGAAAAGCCUUCAGUUGCCCCUCGUCCUUUCGAGCACAUGUGAGAGAUCACACUGGAAAGGUGCAGUAUGAAUGUAAGGAAUGUGGGAAAGCCUUCAGUCGUUCCUCAUCCCUCACUGAACACUUAAGAACUCACAGCGGAGAAAAGCCUUAUGAAUGUAAGGAAUGUGGGAAAGCCUUCAUCAGUUCAUCCCACCUGACGGUGCAUAUAAGAACUCACACUGGAGAGAAACCUUAUGAAUGUAAGAAAUGUGGAAAAGCCUUCAUUUACCCCUCAGCCCUUAGGAUCCACAUGAGAACACACACUGGGGAGAAACCCUAUGAAUGUAAGGAAUGUGGGAAAGCCUUUCGCCAUUCUUCAUACCUGACUGUCCAUACAAGGAUGCACACUGGAGAGAAACCCUUUGAAUGUCUGGAAUGUGGGAAAGCUUUCAGUUGUCCUUCAUCCUUUCGAAGACAUGUAAGAAGCCACACUGGUGAGAAGCCCUAUGAAUGUAAGGAAUGUGGGAAAGCCUUUGUUUGUCCUGCUUACUUUCGAAGACAUGUGAAAACUCACACUAGAGAAAAUGUAUAAAGUAAGGAAUGAGGGAAUGUCUUUAAUGCUUUUUCAAAGCUUAGGCAGCACAUGAGAUCUUACACUGUGGAGACACACUAUGAAUGUAAGAAAUUGUCACUCAUCUUUUGGAAAAACCCAUAACUGAGAGAAACUCUGUGUUUGUAAAUCAUGUGGUAAUACCUCCAUGACCAUCACUUAUUACAUUACUUAUUACUUAUACAUAUGACUUAUUGUAUUCUAAGAAAAUUCAUACUCGAAGCCAAGAUCAAUGCCUCAUCCUUAAAGUGGGCUACUGCUGGCUUAUUGAUUUCCAGUUUUAAUUUUCUGAUAUGAAUGUUUAAGGUGGUAAAUUUCCUCUAAUACCUUUCAGCUCUAGCCACAUAUGUUUUAUUAUGAGGUACUUUUAUUUUGGUUCAGAUGUAAAUGUUAUUUCUGUUACAGAGUUUUCUGGACCCAUUGGACAUUUAAAGUAUAUUUUUUUAUAUGUAGGCAUGAGUGAUCUUUUAUUACUAUUAUUAGUUACUGAUUAAUCCUCAUUGUUCUCUAAGUGUGCAGUCAUUGUGGUAUCAACAUUCCAGUAUGUGUAGCUUCUUUUGUAAAUGGUAAUUUCAUUUUGAUCUAGUAUGGCAGAAACCGGAAAUUUUCUAUCCACUAUUCCUCCCCGCCUCUUUUUCUUUUCUUUU